GCAAAAAACUUUCUCCCUCCUUACAAAAACCCUCCGCCGUCAGUCUGUCACACAAACCAUAUGCCCGUCAAGUCUACGGACCGUCAACGUCAGCCAGGCGGAUUUGAUGCGCACACCUCGGCUUGGAUAGACAGGGACCCACCGAUGGAAUUCGGUUUUAUCGAUAUUUCUUUAUCAACUAACACAUUUUUCAUUAGAGAAAGUCUGAGUUCCAUGGACGUAGGAUUCAGAAAUGAAUUUUUUUCAAGAUAAUAUAUUUUAAAUUGGACUAAUCCAGAAGAAAUUAAAGUUGAAUAGGUUAAACUAACAAAAGAGGAUACGAAUUCAUCAUUACGCAUUUUGGCAAGUUGUCUUUGGAUAAAGCCUUGCUGAUUUAAUCAUUGUGCACUGAAAGGAAAUAAAGUAAUUUGCCAAAAUAAAAAAUGCAUUUUGGAGGUAAGUCCCAGUAAAAAUGAUCAAAGCUUAAUAUCUCCCACAAUAACAGGCUUAUAAAUGUGUGUUUAUUUAUUAUAAUGAUGAUUCAUAUGAUUAAGAUAAUAACGAUUGUUACUAUGAACCGAUAGCUUUUACAAAUGAAAAUGUUACAAAACACACUUGUGGUAUUUCUGUUAUUUGAUACUUUUGAGAUUAUCCACAGUAGGAGUUCCCAGUUCGUUGUAUAUUUUGCAUAAUAAUAUGAUGAUGACCAAGGUGAAUUUGCAUUUAGUUUUCUCUACCACUUUUCUCAAAUUUCAAAGUAAAUUUCAAUGGAUAUAUGAAUCCUGAAUAUUUUCAGAUAAUAGCAGAAAUCCCUCCCCAAUUGUAAUAACAUAAAAAGAUAACAAAUACAUAAAACACAUUUAUCUGAGAAUACAGAAGAAACAGAGCAGUUGAACUUUUGUCUGCAGAUAUAAUAUAUAUUGAUACUCAAAAUAUGAACAAAUACUGAGAUCAAAUGUUAUAACAAAAAUCGCUUUGAGAACUUCCCUGUUAUAUUAAAGGGAUUUGCAGUGUAGGACAUUGAGGAGGCAAUUUGAUCUGAAUGUAAGUUUUCACAAGCUUAGAAAUGACAAAUGUUUUUUAAAUUACCACUAGUGUGUGUGUGAAAGGGAAGUUUCCUUCAUUGUAAAAAAUGGCUUUGGUUGAGAGGUGCAAGAGGUAGCUAAAGCCCUUGUCUAGUUAGCUGUCACUGAUAUGAGAAUGUACAUGAUUCACGUUAGUCAGGGUGUGAGAACACACACACACCUACCCCUUGGGACAGCCUAUGUGGCUGCUGUUCCAUGUCUGUGAAUUGGGGUUAAAAGAGGGAGGUUAAACAUUGUGUGACGAAAUGAUGCUAUAAGCCUUAAAACAAAAGAAUAAUAGGAUGAAGAUUUCCUCUCUCUCCUCUACUCUCCCCUCUCAUCUCUCUCUCCCCCCUCUCCCCCCCCUCCCAAAGAGCGCCAUCGAAUAGAGAGAGAGCCACUCUACUCUAAAAAAAAACUCAUAAAAAAAAGCAAAAAAUAGCAGAACUCCGCCCGACGAACCCGCCCCCCUCUCCCCCACCCACCACUCACCCUAAACCCGCUCUCUCUCCUCCCACCGGGUCCCCCCGAGUCCUCCCCCACUUCCCCCCUCUCUCCCUCUCUCUCACUCUCCCCCCUCAUCCUCUCUCAACCGUCUACCAACCCCACCCCCCCCUCCUCCCCUCUCUCAGAGAAAAAGAGAGGGAGAAAAAACCGCCCCCCCCCCACCCCCUCCCUCUCUCUCCCCCCUCUCUCCCGGCCCCUCCCCAACUUUCCCCCCACCCCUCUCCCCCGCCCCCUGCCGUCUCUCCCCCUCUCUCUCUCCCUGCCUCUCUUUCCUCCCACUAUCUUUGUUCCUCCUCUCUCCCACACGUUCAGGUGGUCUUCAAUAAAGUAAUAAGGUUAAAACAACAACCCCCCUCCCAUACAAAUUAUACAAUAUCAGUUCUAUAACUAAAGCACUUGAAAUGACCUCAAGUUGUCCCAGAUCUGAGCAAACAAAGAAUAUAGACCACAAGUUCAAACAGACAGACCAUAUUGCCUUUGACCUCUGUCUGUCUGUCUCUGUGUGUGUGUGUGUGUGUUUUUCUCUCUGACACAUGUUAUGGCUGUGAAGGCUGAAUUAGUGUCGGUGUGUUUUAGAUAAGUGUUUGUGUCCAUGCGGAAACCAGAGCACAUCCACUCUGUUCAAGGGUUCAAACCCACGCCUGGAUCUAGAGCAGAGAGACAAUACAGGAGAAAGUAAAGAAAAAGCGAUUGACCACAUCACAUCCUUUGCUCAGCCCCAUCCUUGACUCUUUGUGUGUGAGAGGGAGAGACAGACAGGGGUAGAAAGAGUGAGAGAAAGAGAUUGAGAAAGUGGUGGUGCCGGAUUAAUGCAAUACAUAUUCCCUAUUGACAGGAGUUAGUAAGAGGGGGAAUGAUAAAAAAUUAGUUGGUCACGCUUUGAACAGUUACACAUGCUGUUUACAUUUUUCCCAAAUUAACAUGGCCCCUCGCUUCAUCUCUCUCUCUCUCUCUCUCUCUCUCUCUCUCACUCUCUCUCUCUCAUCCAAGUCCUUUACUCCAUCUCCUCCUCUCUGUGUUUCUCUCUACCUCCCUCUCUUUAUGUCUGUCUCUCUCACUUUCUCCCCCUUUCUCUCCCUCUCUCCUUCUCAAUUUGUUUUCUAAAGCAGAGACAGACCGGAUAAAUUGAAUGGAAGGCUCUGGUUUUUUUUGUUGUUGCAUAUUUAUUUUUUAAGUGUAACCCAGGGGUUUGGAUGGGGAGUUAGGCAGAGCAGGGGGAGGUAAAUUAGAAACCUACAUCUGAAUGUCUGAAAAAAGGAAGGAAGAAUGGAAAGAGGUAGAUGGAGGGGAUGAGGUGAGCUAAUUAGAGAAAGGAAGAGAGACCAAAAAGUGAACAUUGAAUGAGAGAAAGAAAGAGACAUGGAGAAAGCUAAUAUUGAUCAUUAGCGGUGGAUGGAAAACUGAAAACAAAGUGUGUAAUAAAAUCAACAGAAAGUAAAAAAUAAUUAAAGACAGAUUUCUCUGGUAAGGAAAGGGAAUAAACAAAUGGGGAGAGGAAGAUAAUUAAAUCAUAGAGAGAGGAAUACAAUAUUAAAAAGAGAACGUAGAGUUUGUUGGAAUAGCACAGAGGGUUUCGUUGUAAUCAUAAAGUGGUAUUGUAUGUUUUUAUGCCUCUCUAUUUCCCCUUUGGUUUUCUGUCAUUGAUGUUCUUUGGCAAUCCAGGCUCCAUUCCAUGCCAAGUAGAUCAAUUUGAAUUUCAAUAUGAACUCCAAGAAGAUAUCUCCAGGGAUAAGAGAUGGGGAGAGAGAGUGUGUGUGUGUGUGUACAUAUGCCCAAGCACAUGUAUGUGUGUUUCAAAAGAUUGGUGCGAUGGUUCUUGUGUGUGUGUGCGUGUGUGUGUGUGUUGAGUCAGUGAAGGAAUGCACGUUUGAUUGAGUACAGACUGCACAUAAAUCUGUGCUCUAACUGUACACAGGCACACAACAUCGACCCUGACCCUGGCUCCCCUACCCCUCCCUCCCUGCGGCCUAUAUGCAUGUUACUGUCCAGCCAGCCAGGGUACAAGUGUGUGCAUGCGCACCCGUGUGGGUGUGAGUGUGUGUGUGUAUGCACAAAGCCGCCUUACUUUAUGGUGAAAUAAAAUGAUCUGGAUUUCAGGAUGGAUAGAAUAGAAUGUAGAAUAUAGAAUAUAGCACCGCUUCCAAUCCAAGUGCUAAUGCCGUUUAGCAAACUCCGAGCAGGGUUAUGGUCAGAUGACAUGAAAAUAGAGCUCUUUGGCCAAGCACACCAGUGGUGUUGAAAAACAGAAGCAUAUGAAGAAUAGUAGCUCAUACCUUCCUUAAAAUAUGGUACUGGAUGUUUGAGGUUACGGGACUAUUUUGCUUCCACUGGUCCUGGGGCCCUUGUUAAUAAGGUCAACGUCAUCAUCAACUUUACCAAGUACCAGGACAAAACCUGGCUGCCUCUGCCAGGAGGUGGAAACUUGGACGCAAGUGGAUCUUCCAGCAAGACAAUAACCCCAAACACACAUCAAAAUACACAAAUAAAUGGUUAAUUGACCACAAAAUCAACAUUUUGCAAUGGCCAUCUCAGUCUCCGGACUUGUACCCCAUUGAAAACCUGUGGUUUGAAUUUAAGAGGGCAGUCCAUAAGCGCAGACGAGGAAUAUCAAGGAUCUGAAAAGAUUCUGUAUGGAGGAAUGGUCUAAGAUCCCUCCCAAUGUGUUCUCCAACUCAUAAAACGUUUUAGAAAAAGCCUCAUUGUCAUUAUCCUCACAAGGGGAGGCUGCUGGAGUAUUGAAAACCGGGCUGCCAAUCAUUUCGAACCUUAUCUUUUUUAGAUUUGUUUUAUUACUUCUCUGAGCAAUUGUAUAAAAUAAAAAUCCCACUUAGCAUACAACAUAGCACAGUAUUUAUAUCAUUUAUUUUAUGCAGUCUUUUUUGCUUAUCUUUAUCAAGGGUGAAAAUAAUUGUGGACCUGACUGUAGCUGAUAGCAAGUCUUCUGUAGUCUGUAGGAUCUGUAACCCAGCCCUGAGACCAGCCCGUGCCCUGACAUUAAACUUUGAACCCUAACCCCAAUGUUCAAUCCCGACCGACCCCAGACUCCUUAACCCUUAACCUCAAAUCAAGCCCCAUAUAUUUUAUCCUAUAGCUGGCAUCCAUAAGAUUGUGCAAAGUUUUACAUCUGCAAUCAAACCAUAGAUUAAGAUAAAUAAUCGAACAUGGUUUAGAGAAUGGAGAACUGUGUGUAUAGGCACACACACACACACACACACACACACACACACACACACACACACACACACACACACACACACACACACACACACACACACACACAGACACACACACACACACACACACACACACACACACACAGACAGGUCAUGGAACCUCGGUUGUUGUAAUAUGAUCAUGCCUGUGAGAAUGUUCUGGCUUCAACCUGGCCUGUGGAGUUGGUUGUUAGUGCCAGGUACUGCUCCCCGCUCCCUGCACAGAAGACUGAGGGCUUGGGCUUUACGUUAUCAUAACCUUUACCAUCCAUAGUAAAACUGUCUCAUUCUACAGAAGACGCUUGUGCAUCAAAACGGCAUUCUGCCAGACUGCCUUGUGUUUUGCAUUAAAACACAUGCAAUGUGAAGUGUUCCGGCUGUGUGUUAGGAAGUUACCUAGAUUAGUUAUUUUCUGUAGAAACGGUAUCCUCAGUUGUUUGACCUAUUUCCCUACAGUAUUCCUCUAUGUUCCAAGGGAGAGUUGUUGAGCUGUUGCGAUUCGUUCUAAAUAUUAAGGUGUGUCAGGUGUUGAGGUUUUGUGAUUGAAAGGAGUUGACAUGUUUUGCUGUAACUGUUAAACUGAUUCAGAUGAAAGGUGUUGAGGUGUGUUAAGGAGUAAUAUGUUGAAAUUAAUGACGUUAAGAAAUGUGUUCUAUAGUGGAAAAAAGUGUUGACUGUUUUAAGUCCUGACAUGUUUUGUUAGUUCUGAGCAGAACAAGGUGUCCGCAUAAUUGUUUGUGAGUUGUUCAAAAGCUCCACUUAAGUAUUUCACUGCCCGGGGGCAAACUGAUGGAGGGAAGAAUGAGGGAGUGAUAGAAUGAGAGAGAGCACUAAUCGGGGUUAAUAAGCUGCUGACAUUUUGGCCUGGGGCAAAAACCAGAAUACUUCUAAAGAGGAGAAGAAAGAGAGGGGGUAAAGGAGUAGAGAAGAGGAGAAAUGGAGAAAACAAUCAAGGACCUGAAGACUUUCUACAAAUAGAUGGAGGGACAGAGAGGAAAUGAGAAACAGAGGGAGAUUGCAGGAUUAAGAAAGACAUGCGAGAAUAAGUGGAAGACGGUUUGAAAGAGAGAUAGAAGGAGAUCGAGAUGGAUUGGAUAGACAGAGCGAGAAGGGGGAUGGAUGGAUGGGGGAACAAAGAGAUGGUCACACCCUGUACAGAACAUAAUGCACACCUGUUGAACAGCAGCAUGUUUAAGAUUCAUAAUUACACAGACCCAUGCCCUGCUGUCUGUCUGUCUGCCUGUCAGCCUGGAAGACAGAGCGAGACAGGGACCAUGAAGAAUACAUGCAUGGUGGAGGAAGGGAAAAGAGACAAUAUAGGGAGGAUGAAAAGGUUCUUGGAAAGCAAAGGGCAAAAGUGAAUAAGCGAGAGAGAACAGAUGUGUGUGGCAACAAGAUGGAGAGAGGGGGGGGGGGGGGGGGGGAGAGAUUAAAGGAUGCAUAAAAGGAGAGCGUUUGGGAGGUUAUGACAGCUGAGUCCUGGGGGACAGACAGACAGGGGAAGAGUUCUCUGUGUGUUCUGUGUCUCUCAGUGGGCCUAAGGGACAGGGAAGUGGACAGGCACUGAGCUCUCUACCAUUGACAUAGAUCAUUUGGCCACAAUUUUCCCUGUGUGAAGCUGGAAGAGAGGGCCUUAAAAGGGUCCGCACAUUAGCCCCCCUUGGUCACCUCCAACUACGCACACACGCGCAUAACGUAUGCAUGCACUCAUGUAAACAGGCACACAUGUUUAACCUUAAACACACACAUGCACACCACUAAUGCAUAGCAUUUCAAAUACAAACAACAAAAUCAUGCACAUAUACGUAUGCAAAUCUACAAGCACUCACAUACCAACAUAAACACUUAUACAACAUCAACGUAAACACAAGCAAAUUAAGGCAAAUAAGAGACAAAGGCAUGCAUUCCAAACAAAUGCACACAAAUAAACAUACGUACUGGACACACAAUGUUGAUGAUAAUAAAGUAAGCCAGAUACUUUUAUAUCUCUGCUGUGUGUGUGUGUGUGUGUGUGUGUGUGUGUGUGUGUGUGUGUGUGUGUGAGUGUGCGCGCGCCUGCCUGCGUGCCAUGCAUGCUUGUGUGUGUGUGCAUGUGAGUGUUAGUGUGUGUAAGGAGUAGAUUGAACAGUGAGACCAUUCGUCUGACUGUUUGAUGCUUUGAGUGAAGUUUUAUUUGAUACCAAAGAAAACAUUUGACAGCCAGAACCUCUAAAAUUUGAUUGAAACUGAAAAGUAUUAUUGGCAGUUAGAUUACUUAGAUUUGCCAAUAUAUUCAGACAAGACCAUCACCAUAGAGACAAAUAAACAGCCUUGUGUGGUUUGAAUCUUCAACAAAUACUGAUCUCCUUUGAUUGUAUUCUUCCCCAGUCCAUCACAUCCAGCUCACACUGCUAUUGGCUGCAGCCGUAGCAUCGGUCCAGGUCCCAGAGCCCUCCCUCAGCCUGUCCAAUGAGAGGACUUCGAUUGAGAGGACGUAUGAGCUGACCAAGUACCUGGAGCAUCAGCUGAGAGAGAUAAAGGACACCUAUGUGAGUACUGUACUGUUAUAUAGAUACUGUGUUGACGCACAUUUAUGUUGGAGCAUGUCAAUGUUUAUUUCCAAAAGUGUUUGAAUUCACCACAUAUUUGAGAAGCCUGGUUCCAGUCUGUUUCUGCUCCAGCCAACCCCUUGGUCUUUGCUAUGGGGAGUUUGCUAACACAGAAACCGACUGGCACCCAGGCUUGUGUCUGAGCAUAACCAAUCCAUGUCUGAUUGCACAUGUUGGAUUAAAUAUUCCUUCUCUUCCUCCAUCUCCUCCCUCUGUUCCCCAUCCUAUCCCCUCUUCCCUCCCUCAGCUAUCCUACCUGGGCCCUCCGUUCAGUGAUCCAGACUUCUCCCCUCCACGGCCCAACAGCACGACACUAUCCCUGCCCAGCGCGGCCACCCGUCUGGAGCUGUGGCGGGGCCUGGAGAACCGUGCCAGGCUGGCCCAGAACCAGAGGGCCUACUCUGUCCUGCUGGGGGCGGUGAGGGAGCUGGCCCGCUCCACCCUCUGCCCCUACCUCCAGAGCUCCCUGCUGCACUUCUCUACAGGCCUGGACAGUCUGCUGGGGUCUAUAUCAAGCCUCAUGAACACUCAGGGGUAUGCCCUGCCUCCUGCUGGGAUCGAGGCACAGUACCUGCAGAGAGACACAGGGGGUGACAGAGAGGCGAUGGGACGUAGGCCAUCUCCACUGAUGAGUCAGGGUCUCUAUAAGGCAGGGGCGGAGGCGGGGCCAAAGAGGCUUCCUCUUGGUGAUCAGAUGGGUGCUGGGACCACCAGAGGGGCGGUGAGAGGACAAAAGGAGGAGAGCACCAGGAGAGAAAUGACAGAGAGAGAGAGGGGGAGAGCGGGUAGGAGAGCGGAGGUGACUGGGGCUGUGGUUAGGAGCGUGGGAUCGAGGCAGGAGGAGAGAGGGGAGCGAGGGAGGAAAGGGAGGAGAAGAGAGGCAGAAGAUCGGGAGGGGGCUAGUGAAGACAGGGAAGAGUUGGAGAGAAGGGGAGGGAGGGACAGAUGGGGGAGGAGGCUGCUGAGUGUUUCAGAGGAAGGAGAGAGAACAGUGAAGCAGGGUCCACUGGACUCUGACACCAGAGUCACUCUGUCCUUUUCAGACAGACAGACCUUCCCCCAACAACAACAACUCCUAAACAACAAUAACAACAACAACUACGAUCACAACAACCUCUACAGCUACAACUUCAACUACCACCCCCAAAAUAAGGACAGAGCCAGAGAGGGGGAUACAGAAAACAGGGCGACAGAGGAGGAACAAUACAUAAUCCGAGAGUCUGCAUCCCUCCUCUCCUCCUCUCCAUCCUUCCAUCCCCAGCGUCGAUCCCCUCGCUCCUUAUUCUCCCCCCCCCUCUCGCCCCUCUCCCUCUUCUACCCGUUUGGCACGGGGCCGGGGGAGGGACACACCCUGUUGUCAGAACCAGUUCCACUGUCAUUGAGGAGGGGUCCCCCCUUGCUGCCGCCCCCUCCUCUGCCCCCCAUUCUGUCCUCCUCCCCUCUGCUGGCGGUGCGGCCGGCGCUCAACGACUUCUCCAGGAAGGUGGAGGGCUUCUGGGUACUGAGGGAACUGCAGAGCUGGCUGUGGCGCUCCGCCAAGGACUUCAACCGCCUCAAGAAGAGACUCCGAGUCUGACAGACAGAGAGGAGGGAGGGAGGACACACUCUCGCUCUCUCUCUCUCUCUCUCAAACACACACACAGUCUGAGAAACUGAGAGAACACACACAAACAGAGACAUACCCACACAUAGAACCUGAGAACCGGCACAAACACAGACACACACACACAUUUUCACACAGACAGUGUUGGAAUACCUACCUAGUGCUGAACCAUGGAAAAGGGGCUUUCUGGCCUGCCAUCAGCCUGAGCACACAAUGGCACAUCCGGGGAUGGAAAAGGACCAAUUGUCUCAGUCUGUGGACAAUAUCAGCACUGUCACCAAUGACAUGACAUAGCAGGUCAUUGAUCUGCCAUUGGAACUUAUUUACUGGACGCAACGCCUCACAUACUGGACAUAAAGGUGGUGAUCAAGCAGAUAGACAGUCAUGUCAUUGACUGAGGGCUGAUUCAGAACAACAGUGAAUCACUAGACAUGAAUCUUCGCCCAGGGAGGAAGAAAUAGUUAUGAAUGGAGAGAGACAAAGAGAAGAAGAGGGAGAGGAAAUGGCAGGAUGGAGAGAGGGUAGAAGGAGAGUGAGUGGGAGAAAGGGGGAGUCUGAGUCAGGGGCUGACCGUUGGAGACGGGGCAGUGGAGGUUGCUGAGUAAUCAGAAAUCUGCAGACACAUACAGUAAACCCUGCAUAGACACCCACCGGACACACACAGUACAGACCCAUUUCCAGGCGUACCAGUAAUUUGUGAAUUGGCCAACUGUUUUUACAGUGAGUUUUUGACACUUUUAGCUAUGGAAUGGGCAUCUCAGCCUUUCCCUCUGCUUGUUUCAGCCAAAUGCAACACAAAAGCCCCUAACCUUGGCAUGGUGGGGUUUCUAUCAACUGCCUUGUGUCUUUACAGCAGGUCUGGGACCUGUACAGUAAUGUCCAACAGUGUGUAUGUAUAGAGUUUAGGAUUAGAUUAUAUCUGUGAUAUUUAUUGAACAAUAUGUUUUAUUUAUUUUCUUGUGUGAAUAAUACUGUCCUACAUCAUAUUGGAGAGUCUCCCGAGUGGCGCAGUGGUCUAAGGCACUGCAUCGCAGUGCUAGCUGUGCCACUAGAGAUCCUGGUUCGAGUCCAGGCUCUGUCCCAUGGGGCGGCGCACAAUUCGUCCAGGGUAGGGGAGGGAAUGGCCGGCAAGGAUGUAGCUAAGUUGGUAGAGCAUGGCGUUUGCAACGCCAGGGUUGUGGGUUCGAUUCCCACGGGGGGCCAGUAUAAAAAAAUAAUGUAUGCAGUCGCUCUGGAUAAGAGCGUCUACUAAAAUGAGAUGGAAGAGAAUCAAAUAUGAGCUUUUGUACUGAGAUGAAUGUUAUUGGUCGUUUGGGGAGUGAGGUUGUUUUUGAACGUUAUGGGUUUGACUGUGUUGGUUUGGGUGAGGGGUACAAUUGAAAGAUGUGGAAGGGUGUGCAUUUCCUAAAACAAAGAGCAACUCACAUUCAUCAAAAACAAGACGAGUGGAAUGAGAGUUUUAUUUGUCUGUCUUGACUAAAUUUACGAUGUCUCUUUUUCUUUCAUUUCCCCCCUUCCGCCAUCCCUCACUAUUCCCUUUCUGCUCUCUAUCCUAUUAUCUCACGCAUCUCGCCUUCCCAAAAAUAUCCCUCUAAGUUUAGGAGCAUAAACACACAGGUACAAACACAACCCUUAAACAUGUCCACCUUCACCCCCUCUGUCUCUUUCUGUUGCUCUCUCUCUUUCUCUCUCUCACUCACUCUCUCUCUCUCUCUCUCUUCCAUUUCCCUCACAUUUUCUCACUCUCGUUCUCCCCCCCUCUCUCUCGUUUCUCCUCAGGCUGGAAAUUAAGGGAUCAAUGAAGAUCCCACUCUUUUCACCUCAGCUACACACCUGCACUGUGCACAACCGUUUCCCAACCCACUACACACACACACAAACACAUAGAUACACAUACACAGGGCUGGCUCUAGCCUUUUGGGAGAGAAAGAUUUACAUUUUCAAGUGAAUUUCUUGCAAUUCUACAUGUUUUGCCAUGGGUGGAAAUAAACGUUUGAUAUUUCAUAAAAAAGUCAUGCAAUUCUACUCAUUAUGCCAUGGCGCAGAUAUUUUUUUCUCUCAGCUUUACAGCUAAUUUCCUGCAAUUCUACCCAUUUUGCAAUGGCGUAUGCCAUGUUAAUGAUAUGACUGAGAGAUACUAACAAAAUCAAUGGGGGCCCCCUGGAGGUCACAGCCACACCAUCAUCCCAGACACCCUGGUCCCACUUCAAUUCGCAUACCGCUGGAACAGAUCAACAGAUGACGCUAUCUCGAUUGCACUCCAUAUUGCCCUCUCUAUUGCACACCCACCUGGACAAGAAGAACACCUAUGUGAGAAUGCUGUUCAUUGACUAAAGCUCAGCGUUCAACACCAUAGUGCCCUCCAAGCUAAAUUACUAAGCUAAGGACACUGGGACUGAACACCUCCCUCUGCAACUGGAUCCUGGACUUCCUGACGGGCCGCCCCCAGGUGGUGAGGGUAGGCAACAACACAUCCACCACACUGACCUUCUUCACGGGGGCCCCUCAGGGAUGCGUGCUUAGUCCCCUCCUGUACUCCCUGUUCACCCACGAAUGCAUGGCCGCGCACGACUCCAACACCAUCAUUAAGUUUGCCGAUGACACAACGGUGGUAGGCCUGAUCACAGACGACGAUGAGACAGCCUAUAGGGAGGAGGUCAGAGACCUGGCAGUGUGGUGCCAGGACAACAACCUCUCCCUCAACGUCAGCAAGACAAAGGAGCUGAUCGUGGACUACAGGAAACGGAGGGCCAAGCAUGCCCCCAUUCACAUCGACAGGGCUGUAGUGGAGCGGGUCGAGAGCUUCAACAUCCUCGGUGUCCACAACACUAAGGAUCUAACAUGGUCCAAACACAUCAACACAGUCAUGAAGAGGACACCACAAUGCCUCUUCCACCUCAGGAGGCUGAUAAGAUUUGGUGUGGGCCCUCAGAUCCUCAAAAAGUUAUACAGCUGCACCAUUGAGAGCAUCUUGACUGGAUGCAUCACUGCUUGGUAUGGCAACUGCUUGGCAUCACCGCAAGGUGCUACAGAGGAUAGUGCAUACAUCACUGGGGCCAAACUCCCUGCCGUCCAGGACCUCUAUUCCAAGCGGUGUCAGAGGAAGGCCCUAAAAAUUGUCAAAGACUCCAGCCACCCAAGUCAUAGACUGUUCGCUCUGCUACCGCAUGGCAAGCGGUACCGAUGCACCAAGUCUGGAACCAACAGGACCCUGGACAGCUUCUACCGCCAAGCCAUAAAACUGCUAAAUAGUUAGUCCGGGUAGCUAUUGGUUAACUAUUUAACUAUCUGCAUUGACCCUUUUUGCACUAACUUUUUUUGACUAAUCACAUACGCUGCUGCUACUGUUUAUUAUCUGUCACUUUAUUCCUAGUUAUAUGUACAUAUCUACCUCAAUUACCUCGUAAACCUGCACAUCGACUCGGUACUGUUACCCCGUGUAUAUAGCCACGUUAUCGUUAGUUAUUUUGUAUCUAUUAUUAGUUUUAUUAUUAUGUGUUAUUACUUUUCUAUUAUUUCUCUAUUUUCUUUCUCUCUGCAUUGUUGGGAAUGGCCCGUAAGUAAGCAUUUCACUUUUAGUCUACAAUUGUUGUUUACGAAGCAUGUGACAAAUACAUUUGUAUUUGACACACACACACAUUCACUGACUCCCAACCCAAACAGAGAGAGACAGAGGGAAAGGGAGCGGUAAUGGUUAAGUAGGAAGUGGUUUGUUGUCAAUGCUGACACAUGAUCAUACACGCUCUGACUCAGUAACUAUGAGGGAAAGUGGGGGAAAGGGUUAACUCUGAGAGAGCACACACACACACACAGCGGUGUGUUUUUUACAUUUGGUAAGAGACAUUAAAGGGGCCGCCACCAGCGGUCAACAAAGACCACUUUGUGCCAGUGUGUGUUUGUGCAUGUGUUUGACCCUGUGUGGGCUGUGUGCGCCCCACGUGUGUGAAUCAUUCUAGCGGGUAUGAACGAGGCUCCCCCUUCACAACUAUGCCAUUUCUACUCUCACGCUCUCUCCCACAACACACACUCACACAGUCUCAACAUUUCUCUCUGUAUACCUCUGUAUGGAUGAGUAGAUUGAUGAUGUAACUGGUGAGUGUUUCCCAAUGGUUAGUCUGACCAGUGGCAUUUGGUUGUUAUUUAUGUAUAAUGUUCCAUUCUCUAAGGCUCCCUGUAGCGGUCUGUAUUAUGUUCCAUUCCCUCAGGCUCCCUGUAGCAGUCUGUAUUAUGUUCCAUUCCCUCAGGCUCCCUGUAGCGGUCUGGGAAAGCCCUGUCCAGAUGAGUGGCAGUCUGUGACCUAAUAGAAGAGUUAUGGCCUACAGAGGAGUUGACAUGUAAGUCCUCUUGUUAAGAACUUUUAUUUGCUCUGUGAGGCAACGAUCUCUCUCUCUGUUUUUCUCUCUCCAUACACACAGAUGCUCGUUCCUAAGUACAAAUCUGACCCCCCCCCCCCACCCCCCCCUCUCUCUCUCUGUGUCUGUCAGUCUCUCGCUCUCUCUCUGUCACUCUUUCAAUCUCUUCCCCAUAUGACCCUUUGAAUCCCUUUCUUUUUCAGUCCAUCUAUCCGAAUGUUAACCAGCCUGUCAGUCAUUCUGUCCGUCUGUCCGUCCGACUACAUUUUCACCACAGGUUUAUCCAUGUCUUUCUCUCAUUAUCAUCACCCUUUCACUCGAAUUCUCUCCCUCUUUUCAUGUCUAUCUUCAGUUCUCUUUCUCUUUCCAUCUCUCUGUUUUGCUCACCUGCAGCACAUAAAAAUUCCUAUUUUAUUUAUCCACAGAAUUGUUGAGUCACCCAGGGAUUUACUGCAUUCCUCCUCUCUCUCUGCACAGCUACAUAGCAUUGACUUGUUUUUAUCUCCCCUCUCUCUCUCUCGCGCUCUCAUCCUGUCUUUACAUACAUUUAUUCUCUCACACUCUUGAAUCCACCUCCCACCUCCUGUCUCUCUCCUCCACCCCACCUCUCCCUGGCCCAUCCCUUCCUUUUACCUCAUGGCCCACACCUGCCCCACCCUCUCCCCGCUCUGGGCCAUUGCCAUGCAAUGGAACGUUCUGCCUCCACUAACUUAGCUGGAGGGUGCUGGGUUGGGCUGAACCUCUUAACCGCUAGGCAGGGGUUGCCCGAGGGCUUGGGAUGAGCUUGAUUUAUGAGUUAAUCAAUUCGUCCUCUGUGUGAGCGUGUAACCACUGAGGUGUGUGUUCUAUUAUCUGGCUGUUUUGUGUCUGUUGACUCGGCUACCUAGGAAAACACAGCCUGCUGUUGCUAUAUGUGUUAGACCUUAUAAACAUGUUUUCAAAAGAGAUUAGGAGGGUGGUUUUGGAUUCAAUUCGUAGGAUGUUUGGCGUGUGUGCGAGAACAGAACCAGAUGAGAGGGCUGUUUGAUGAUCAUCUAAUAAGUCUGACAUGAAUGUUGGCAGCCCAUCAGAUGAAUACAAGACAAAGCAGGAGACAGAUACAGCAAGAAAUAGAAUAGCUUUGUAUUUUUGGGCCAACCUAUUGUCAGGUAAAUACAACAUGACGGAAUCUGACUUGGACUCCAGAUUUGUUUAGUUUUGUUUACGAGUAAUUAUUUUCAAAAGUGCUCUCAUAAAGUGUUAUGAUUCACAUUCUGUCAGAGAGCGUUUGUUCUGUGGCCUUAAAAGGAGUUCUGGUAGUAGGGGAAGUUAAUGGAGCAUUUAGCAUGUUGGCGCAUCACGGUCAAUGGUCCAUGUUGACGUGUAACGGUUUGUUAAAGUAUUUAUGGCUGGUUAGGAGCAGCUGGAAUUAUGUUGGAUCGAACGGCGCAGGUAGAAAAUCAACAAAUAAUACCCUACCAUAAAAUCGAUUUAGUCCUACCACAGGCCAACAGCCUGAAUGGACAAGACACCACCACUCAACACACCCUGUAACUCUGUGUUGGCAGAGGUAUUCGGGUGUACGUGACUUGCCGUCAAUCUCAAUUUUCUGCGACUUACGUUCCAUCCCUGCAGUACAGUUGAUAACCAUUGCUAUAAACAAAACAAAAAAUCUAAUCAUACUGAGGCAUUUAUCACUUGUUGGCCUAUCCCCCUGUACUGGUACUGAUCUACUACUCACCACUCCUCUCAGGAUCCCUCCCCCUUGAUCCAUCUUCCGCUACUUUCUUCACUGCCUCAGCAUGCACCAACUUCUGCACUACUAUAACACUGAACCUCAACCUGGCUCUCUCGCACUGGAUAUUUCUGAUCCCCAGCCCCAUGGGCACCCCUAAAAUUAACACAUACCACUACUUUCCCCAAUGCUACACAUUCCUUUGUCUCAUGCCCUUCUGCACACACCUAGGAACCUCCCUCCUACACUCUGCUGCCACAUGCCAAUAAGCUUGACACCUGUAACAACGCAAGUUAUUAGGCACAAUAGCUUGUACAGGAUAACAUACAGUAUAUCCUAACGUCACUUUGUCACUGCGUUCCAAUAUAUAGGUCUGUGCCCAUAUAUGGAGUUCCUGCGCUAAGGCUGCGGUUCAAUACUGAAGACAAGCCCAUAUAUGGAAGUUCCUGUUGUGGGUUAGGCGUGUCAUCUGA